GCCGGUUUUCGUUGAACCUCCCGUGAAGGUUUGGCUGGCGCCCAAUAAAAGAGCGAUAGAGACGGCUCUAGAACGUUUGGAAUUUUCGCUGGGCGAAAGCCCCAGCAAAAUCUCCUGACAUUUCAUACAAUCGAGGAUGCCUAAUGUGUGUGCUGUCAGUGGGUGCACUUCGGGCUCUAAACAGAAUCCGGAGAAAUUUCAUUAUUUCACUGCACCAAAGGAUGUGAUGAAUCAGUGGAAAACUGCGACAAAACGAGAUGAUUUAGAUGGUGGCAGUUCCAGAAAAGUAAUUUGUGAGAGACAUUUUUUACCGGAACAAAUUACUUUCCAACGCAAAUUGAUUGGACCUGAUGGAACAGUUUUGGUCCACGUACAGCAAGCCAAGACUUGAACCAAGGACAAUUCCAUCGAUAUUCCCCUGGACAGAAGGAUGGACUUCCAC